AUGGUCUACCCUGCAAACGCCCUUUCAUUAUCAUUGCUGUUAGGGGCUGGUGGUGUAAUGCUCUCAGCCGCUGCGACUCUACCAUGCAGUAACCAGUGUACGGCUUAUCACAAGGAGGUGCAGCCAACUUCGCAGUUGAGCUCUCGAAAUAUUUACAAGCGGCGGUCAAGGUCUCGUCGCAGCACAGAGCCAGAGGCUUCGAGCGCUAGCUCCAUUUUAGAUGACUUAGUUGGCUCUUCAGAUGGUGCUUGGGAUGGCGACUCCGAGCACGGCGAUUCCCAUCCCGAUGAUCCUGCUCUCGCAACAUCUCCCAUCGGCAUCGACCUGGGCGCUCCAUUCGACAGCGCUGUUGGCUGGUUAAAUGCUGAUGAGAGCAUACACAGUGUUCUAAACUUGGAGGGAGAGUUGGAUUUGAUUGCUCAUUCUCAUGAAAAGCCUCGCGGAGUUAAAAUCGGAACGUUGGGUUAUGUAUCUAACAGCACGGCUCAUAGCCCAUUCGAGCUCUUGUCGGAGGCAGAGGCGGGGGGUAUUGUGUUUUUGACUCUACCAGAACUAGUGACCCACCAAAGGGAAGGAAACCUCGAGCUCGGACCCGGUGCCAGUUUCUCGAAUCACUCUACAGCGAUACUGGCAACCCGCACUUACCCUUUGGGCUUGGAUCUUUUGUCUAACCUGAACUUGACUGACAGAGGCUCUGUCGAUACUUCAAGAGAGGGUCAAUCAGCAUCGUCCGGUUUCGUUUACGUACUCAUCAAGGCAGGUACUCCAUCCAAUUCCGAUCCACCAUCGUCUCUUUGUGCAACAUUCUACGCAUACCCGACUCUUAACCACAAUGAUGAUGAUACACCUAUGUUUCUUGAGAAAUGCGACCGCUCCCUUGUUCCAGGAGCACCCACCAAUACAGCCAACACCACAAUGACUCAACUUUGGCAAUACGACCCAAAAACUCGUGAACUAAAGCCAGCCAUACAAGGAGAUACUGGAGUCACCGCCCCGUUAGGCGUACCGAAGUCGAAUGGUUCAGACCCUUCACUCGUAGGGGGGGCCGACUCGGGGACUGGAGUUCAGUACCCUUCCGGAACAAGCUCUUCGAUCGAGAGAACCAGAACCGCCAACACGCAGCCUUCUGAAGCUAUUCGAAAAUUGAAGAGUGACACAUCCCACAGUACUACGCAAACUCACCCUUCUCCGAUGACUGCGCCAGCCCAAAUUAGAGCUCGCAAAAGUAAGAGUGGUCGCACAGAAGGGAGUGGAUCUUUGCUUCCAGCGUACAAGACGAUAGCUAUCGUUGAUCCUUAUACACUUGUAUUUGCUCCCCGAAGUGUUACCGAUGAUGAAACUGCCUUGCCAGACUCUCCAGCUCGGUGA